UUGACAAUUUAAUUUUAAUCUUAUGAUGUUCAUCUGAUAUACCAGCUUUAUGUUUAAUAGAACUUUUUUUAUAAUACAAAAAAGAAAAGAUUAAAUUUUACAAAAUGUGUUCCAAAUCAAAGAGUUCUGAACGAUUUCAACUCGAAAAAUAUUCUCCCCCAUUUUCAAACAAAACUCUUAUCGGAAAAUGGGUUGAAGAACGAAGCCGUUAUAAAAAAGCAAGAUACAGACACUACACUACUUAUAACCGAGAUUAUACACCACAACCACCGUCAAAAAUCGAUAUCGACAACACGGAUAAAAAAAAUGGUAUUGGUCCGCGAUUGUUAAUAGAUAUUAAUGGGGACCAGUUUACAAAAAACUUUUCAACAACUUAUGAUUUAUCUUAUAAUCAUUAUCCAAAGUUAAAAAGAAUAUGUAACCUCGAAAGAAACUGGAAAGUGUUGCAAAAUAAAUGGGUACCAGAAGAUGAUUACACAAUUAAUUUUGGAAGUGUAACUGAAUAUGGACUAAAAGCUUAUAAAGAGCGCUUGUGGGAAGAACAAAAAUCUGGAAAGGUAUGCAAUAUAACUACAUAUGCAGACCAUUAUUUACCCCCAGAUGAUGAAGCUAGAAGAUUUAAACGUUGGGGGAUCCCAGUGAAAAACUCAUCACUUAUGCAUCAAAGUAACCUAGAUACAUUAUUAUUAAAAUUACGCGAUCAACCUUCAUUUUAUGUAACACCAAAUGAAGAGCUCGUCAUUGUUCCAAGAGAAAAGAGAUGUAAUCCAAUAACAUGGGAAUGUUUUGGGAAUCCUCCCAAAGAAUCCAAACAUUUAUCGCAAUAAUUCAAACUCACUUAUUUAUGUUCUAUAUGUACAUCAAUGACAAAAUUAAAAAUAAAUAAAAUUACAAAAUAUAUUGGUUA